AUGAUUGACACUCAAGUUAUUUCCAGCAAGUCGCACUACAGGGUUUGGGGGAACCGGAGCCGAGAUCCGAUCUAUGCGUGUCGGACUCACGAGUCGGACUCACGACCGAAAAAUUGCGCUUUGUUUCUCCAAUUCUCUAGCUCCACGAAUUACCAACUCAUCUCGAUUAUACCAGAGCGAGAGGUAUAA